GAUAUCAUUGAUGAUAGUUUACCGUUUCUCAAUACAGGUAGAGAUGGGAAAAAGAAAACAAUCUAUUCUUAUUUCUUCAGCUAUUAACCAUGCCACUCCCCACCCCAUCCCCCCUUCCCCUUGUUUCCUUUGCACACAUAGUCAAAAAUAUAGCCAAUCAGAAAGUACGCGAUAUAGAAGACGAAGAAAUAGACGAGUUGGAUGAAAGCACUCGAUCUUAUAUUGAUGGAGAUAUAGAAGAUGAAGACGAGGACGACGAUGAGGAAGAAGACGAAGAGGACGAAGAUGGAGAAAGAGCGAAAAUGACUUCUUCAGUGUAUGAUCCUUUUCAUAGCGCUUCUCGUUCCAGUAUUUUGUCACAUCAGCCUCAACCCAUACCCUCUUAUUCACAUCAGCCACAAGAACGUCGCAGCAGUCAACAACAUCAUCAUCAUCCUUCACUCCAUCACCGUCACUCGAACAGCAGUAGUAACAGCAACAGUAGUAGCAAUCAUCAUUCGACUCAACGCACGCUGGGAAACAACAGCAGUAGACAUUCCAAUGCUCUUCCAUCCAUUUCUUCCUUAAUCAACCAACCCGUACAUGACAUUCUGCCUCCCAUGAAAAGAAGGAAAAAUACUGCGACUUGAACCUACAGACCAUGUAAGGGAGAGGGGCGAGUGUUGGAUGAAUGAAUGGAUGUUCUCUUUCUAGAAUGCCAUUUUCCCGAUUUAGAUAGAAAGUUCUAUAUCGUCCAUCACUGCUCCCCUCUUUCCUUGGAUA